UGGGAGGGAAUUGCACGCGGGCUGGUGGCUGGACACUCGAGUUUCGCAAUUCCGGUCAUUUGUUAUUUUUUUUUCAUUUCACUUUUUAUUUUUAGUUUGCUUUCUUUUCAAAUUUCUGUAAUUUUUUAAAGUGCUUAGUCCUUUUUACCAAUUUUGAGUUAGUUGUUUAUUUAGUAAAUGGGGAGCGGGGCAGACAGAACACAUGUAGAAAGUAGAAACGGUAGAAUAUUUAUUUUUACGAAGGAUGUACAAGAAAUCUGAGGUCAAAGUUUGACCACAAAGUUUGACCGGGUCAAACACUUGUGGAUCUCGAGUACCGACACUAAGUAAUGUUAUUUUUGAACUGAAAAAGUGGGUGAAUUUAGACAGGACCCAAGGAUCAUCAUGAAACCGGAGAAUUGUGAAUCCAUCAAGGAGAAUCUAGGUUCGACACAGUCUUCUGGUUACAACUCGAAUACUUCGGAUGAAGGGUUACAAAUUAUGUCCCCAAAAAAUACCUCAAGAUUGAAACUCGAGGAUUCAGCUAAUACUGCAGAUGAAAAAGUAACAAUGGAACAGAUUGAAAUAAACGAAAAACUAAUUGGAAGCCCUGUUUUGGAACGAAUCAUCGAAUCACAAUAUGAAAUUGAUACUGUUUUGUCAUGUCGCGACGGUAAAGUUGGAGCACACCGAAUUGUGUUAGCGUCAGCGUCGCCAUUCCUAGAAUGCUUGUUGGCAGACCAUGAUUUGGGUGAAUUGGCAACAAUUGUACUUCCGGACAUCCCUGUGAAAGUCAUGACACUAAUUCUACACUUCUGUUAUAAUGGCCAAGUUGUGUUUCCGCUAGAACUACAAAAGGAAAUAUAUGAUGACAUGGAGUAUCUGAUGAUUGGAACCGGGAAGGAACUUUACAUAAAGAAAGUAAUUACCCAACCACCAUCUAAUUCGAAUCUUACUCUUCAAGCGAACCCUGCACAAGCCCUUGAGAAACUUGAAGAAAAUACGGCUACUACCCCUCUCGUUCGUUUCCCAUCACCAGAUAGCGAAACAGAAAUUGGAAGUGAUUCAGAAACCGAAUGUGAAACGGAAGUAGAAAAAGAAAUCUCAAUUUCAAAUACAGGUUCAUCAGUUUUUACAAUUGGUCCAGACAGGAAAGAUAGAUUUUAUCGUUGUAUGUUUUGUGAUUAUAAAAAUCAACUCAGGUCUAACCUGGUCAUGCAUAUAAAAAAUCAGCAUAAUAAGGAAACCAAAUUGGAAUUACCCACAUCAGCAGACAUGACAAGCUUAUCCUUUUGUCCAGAGUGUAAAGUGCAACACCUGACCUUGUCAAAUUGCGAUGGCUGCUUGAAGAAACACCAAAUGGCUCGAUGCUACACAUGCUUUGGAGUUUUCCUUUCUGACCAAUUGAUACCACAUUAUAAAGAUGCUCACGGUAUCAAGUCGAAGUAUGGAUUUGUCUCUCCGUGUCGCUGGUGUGAUAUCGCCAUUGGCAUAACUGACGAUGGGAGCCUGCUUCGAAAUCAUGCAAUAAAUUCGCACACUGCAACGUUCGCUAGGGCGACAAAGAAAAUUUCGUCUUCAUCACCAGUGAAAAGACGGAAAGCACAGAAAAGUUCCACCUCCAACAGCAAUACAAGAAUGACUAGAGGUCUUUCAAUGUCAACUUCUGUCAACCCUUCAUCUUCAGUACUGCCAUUUGUACGCAUAUUUCAACAAAAUUUGUACAAUUCUAAUCGAGAAUCUCAACAAUAUGCCACAGAGGUAAAAAAACGAAAGCAUGAUGAACACGGAAAACCACUACAAGUUGCAAAGAGAAGUAAAGGUCCUCCUACACAAAGGGAAGGGAAGAUAUUAAGGUCCACAACGAAGUAUAAUAAGGGCAUAUUAACCAUCCAUCCAAAUUCAGCUACCAGAAAAAUCCCAAUUGAUCAAGUACCAAAAGUCCAUGUGCAUCUUAAUUUACAAGCCGAUGAUUCUGAAGAGGAAGUUGUGACCUGAAGUUUCAAGCCUCAGAGGCAAUCAAAUUAACGAUGUCUUGGAGCAGAAGAAUUUAAAUUUAGAAUACGAACAUAACGAUUGAUUACAAAGCAUAAUUUUAUAUUGUUAUAUCAUUAGCAAAUCAUACCUAACCUACGCCUGUACUCGUAAUUGUAAACAUAUUGCUAAAAAAUGGCUUUUGAUUUACUUUUAUAAAAGCGCUUUUAUUAAUUAGCUUUAUUUGAGCCAAAUCAACCAUGAUCUGUGUCAACAACCCGGUGGCCGGUACCUAGUAAUCUCAAACUCAAAAUUUUAUAAAUAUAAUGUUCGAGCUGGUCUUAAAAAGUGUAAAUUAAAGUAACUGAUUUUAAUAUAUUGUCAUUUUUCAUCAAAACGUGCCCAAAUCUUUCUUCCAGUGUGCUAAAUUCUUCCAGAUAUAUUCCCAUAAUUAUAAAGAAGAGAUAUAUUUAUUUAUUUAACAUAUUAGCAUUUUUUUAACAAGUAAGUAGACGUUAUAAAUUAUUGCAUACAACGAAUAAUAAUAAAAAUAUUGCAAAAUGAAACUACCCCUCUUCAUACAAA